GUUCUGUUCAAUGGAAAGGUCGUUGUCGACAAUGUUGUCAGUGUCAAUGUCAAUACUGUCAAUAAAUUUGAAUGAGAUUCUUGUUUAUGUUUUGGUUGCCGUCUUAAAAAUGUCUCAAAUAAGCACAAAAGAAAAACUCUUGUACAUAAUUGAUGAUAUGGAAUUGAUAGCAAAAGAGAUAAUAGAAAAUGCCAUUGCCCCCAAAAGCUCCAAACUGAGUGGCCCAGAAUACAUCCAAAUCACUGACCUUUUGGUAUCGAAAAACAAUGAACUGAAGGAAACCCUACAGUUAGCUGCCGAACAAGCUCAAAUCAACAAAAAACUAGACAUUUUAAAAAUAGAAGUUGAGCGUCAAGACCAAGACAUCAACCACUUGCAGAAGCAACUGAAAGAAGCAGAACAAAUUUUAUCAACAGCCAUCUACCAGGCCAAUCAGAAACUCCAGUCUAUUGCCAAAGCAAACCGUAAGCCUGUUUCAUCUGAGGAACUCAUCAAAUUUGCACAUAGGAUAAGUGCUUCAAAUGCUAUCUGUGCCCCACUGACCUGGCAGCAAGGGGAUCCUAGAAGGCCCUACCCUACUGACAUUGAAAUGAGGUUAGGUUUGCUGGGUAGGCUUGGGGAUCCCAUGAAUGGGCAUUUGAUGGCCCAGCAAAAUAGUAUAUCUGACCUGCAUAGGCCUGGUCAACCUGGAGAAAUUCCGGCUGCUCAGCAAAAUCAAUUCGCGUGGCAUCCCUCGGGUGAAAUGCACAUCAGUGUGGGACAGGGCACUGUCCCAAUGGACACUAGAAAUCACAAGCAAGAAAAUGAGGACGUUGAGGUUAUGUCUACUGAUUCUAGCAGCAGCUCGUCCAGUGAUUCCCAAUAGAUCUGUUUAGUUUUUAGGUGUACUUUAUAAUGAAUAAAGAAAAUUAUGAACAAUCAAAGUUUAUUUAUUUCUCACGAGGUUC